ACCGAGACCUGAGCUAGAAGUAUGGGAGCUAUAGUUGUAUAGGAGGUUGCCAAGAAAUGGAGUUUUGACCAAUUCUCUCUCUUUUCACACGUUAAAUUCCUCUUCUUCAUCCCCAAAAUCUUCCUUAAAUCACCUCAUCUCCAUUUUCCAAAUUCUACAACUCCUUCUAAAUUUUCACUUUUUUUUUUUUGUCAAACUUCUGCCUUUUUCCUUUUUGUUUCUUCUUGUGUCAUUUUCUUGGGGAAUUAAACUUCUCUCAGGUUUCUUUCUUUGUGUCUUUACCUGAAAGUUUGAAAUCCCAACUUGGUAUUAUUGUGAUCUCAGUUUUUCUUUGAGUUGGUAUUGAAGUUGUUGAAAGAUUUAAAGGGAACCCCAUUUGCUGUUUUGGUAUCUUUGUGUUACCUUUAUCAAAAUUUUGACUAGUCUUUCGUUGUAGCUUUGUUCUUAUUGAUUAGUUGGAUAAAGCUACGAUUUUGAGCACUGAAAUAUUUGAAGAAAGGUUGGGUUUUUAAAGAUGGGAAAUUGUUGUGCAGUACCAAAUACUUCUGAUACUGAUGAGCUGAAAAAGGAAAAAAAUAAGCCAAAUCCAUUUUCCAUUCAUAAUGGAGCUAGUCAUUCCAAAGGAGAUGGUGUAGACAAGUCAUAUGUGUUGGAAAAUCCAACUGGUCAUGAUAUUGAGAUCACAUAUGAACUUGGACGUGAGCUUGGAAGAGGUGAAUUUGGGGUUACAUACUUAUGUACGGAGAAAGAAACUGGUGAAGUGUAUGCUUGUAAAUCGAUAUCGAAAAAGAAGCUAAGGAGUAGAGUGGAUAUUGAGGAUGUGAAGAGAGAGGUUGAGAUAAUGAAGCAUUUGCCUGAUCAUUCUAAUAUUGUGACCUUAAAAGAUACUUAUGAGGAUGAUAUUGCUGUUCAUUUAGUGAUGGAAUUGUGUGAGGGUGGUGAGCUCUUUGAUCGCAUUGUCGUGAGGGGCCAUUAUACGGAGAGGGAUGCUGCUGUUGUCACUCGAACUAUCGUUGAAGUCAUUCAGAUGUGCCAUAAGCAUGGGGUUAUGCAUCGCGAUCUCAAACCUGAAAAUUUCUUGUUUUCAAACAAGAAGGAAACAGCAGCAUUGAAGGCAAUUGAUUUUGGCCUCUCAGUAUUCUUUAAGCCUGGUGAGAGAUUUAAUGAGAUUGUGGGAAGUCCAUAUUACAUGGCUCCUGAAGUGUUGAAGCGAAACUAUGGUCCAGAAGUAGAUGUAUGGAGUGCUGGAGUCAUUCUUUACAUCUUGCUAUGUGGUGUCCCACCCUUUUGGGCAGAAACUGAACAAGGAGUUGCUCAAGCGAUCAUUCGAUCCGUUGUGGAUUUUAAAAGAGAUCCCUGGCCAAAGGUCUCUGACAAUGCAAAAAACCUUGUGAAGAAGAUGCUCAACCCUGAUCCUAGCAGGAGGCUUACUGCUCAGCAAGUGCUAGAUCAUCCUUGGAUACAAAAUGCUAAAAAGGCACCAAAUGUUUCUCUGGGAGAAUCAGUGAAAGCAAGGCUUAAGCAAUUUUCUAUGAUGAACAAACUGAAGAAAAGAGCUUUAAGGGUUAUUGCUGAGCAUUUGCCUGUGGAGGAGGUGGCUGGAAUAAAUGAGGGAUUCAAAUUGAUGGAUAUAGGCAACAGAGGGAAAAUUGACAUGAAUGAGUUGAAAGUUGGAUUACAGAAGCUUGGUCAUCAAGUCCCUGAUAGUGACGUGCAAAUUCUUAUGGAUGCUGGCGAUGCUGAUAAAGAUGGAUAUCUGGAUUAUGGUGAGUUUGUGGCAAUUUCAGUCCACCUUAGGAAGAUGGGCAAUGAUGAGCACCUGAAGAAGGCAUUUGAGAUUUUUGAUGCAAACCAAACAGGGUAUAUAGAGAUUGAAGAGUUAACGGAGGCAUUAUCCGACGAGAUUGAAACCAACAGUGAAGAAGUUAUUAAUGCAAUUAUGCAAGACGUGGACACAGACAAGGACGGACGCAUCAGUUUUGAUGAGUUUGCUGCAAUGAUGAAGGCUGGUACAGAUUGGAGAAAGGCAUCACGACAGUAUUCACGAGAACGAUAUAAUAGUCUUAGCUUGAAAUUGAUGACAGAUGGAUCCUUAAGAGGGAACAGCGAGAGUAGAUAGCUUGAGUCAGUAAAAUCCUUGGCCAAAACAUGAAAAUUUAAACAUAAAAGCUCAUCUUUUGAGCUUUCCAACAUUCUUUUUAUAUACUGUUCAGUGGUUGUUCCUUUUAAGUUUUCUUUUCUUCUUCCUUAGCUUCUUUUGUUUAUUUGGAGGGUUAAAGAAAUGUGUAUGAAGUAUAGGAAGGUGAUUAUUUUAUGGUUGUAUAUAGGCUGUCAGGUGCACUUCAACUAUUCAGCUAUGAAGAAUCCAUAUUUUAGAUAAAGCAUUUUAAGUUCAAAA